AUGAAGAGACAACGCAACCGGACCCCUUUGCCGCUCCGUUCUCCACCCCACCACAAUCUCAGUCUCCGCUCGAACCAGCUCACCAAACUGCCGUCCGAGAUCGGCAAUCUGCGGAGCUUGAGGGUCCUCAAGCUGGCGUACAACCGGCUCGACCCCCCUCUCGUCGCCACCUCUUUUGUCCCAAACAUGAUGAUGAUGGUGGACAACCGCCAGUUCCGAUGGUUCUCGCAGUCCCGGGGCGUGUGUUACUUCGCCCCGCCCGCCAGGACGCUUGUCCCAGUCGACGAUGAGUUGCCGUCUCCGCUGCCCAGCUUGCUCAAAACCUGUAUCCGGAAGAUGUGCAUAACCAAGGAUCUCGAGGGCGAAGAGGAGAGCCUGAUUGGGGACGAAGACGGCCUCCAAAACGCCCACUUCUCCAGGCCGUCUUUGCCCACUCAUGACUCCCACACCCUUUGCCAUCAGGCUCCGGAUCCGGCAGCGCUCCUGCCCGUCCAGCUCCAGAAGAUCCUCGCAGACCCGGGCGCAUACUCCUAUUGCUGCAACUUGUGCAUCUCCAGACGGGCCUUGAAGCCCGGCACGCUUCCCCAGACCCGGCCCCAUCCAAGACACGCUUUCCAUACUAACUUCUAG